UUAGGGAAAGAUAUAUACGUCAGCCCCAGAUGGAUGAAUCCCAGCCGUUAAAUGACUCCCAUCGGUAGGAAUAUACACGGAGGAAAACCAAAAACAUGUUUAUGGGGCUUGGGUCCUCCCGCUCGUCUUAGCCGCAUGAUCAAUGCUCCCCUUCGCCCCACCGCCCGAUCUCUCGUUCGCCUCAUCAAAUCGGUCAACCCUGCCACCCCUUUCGCCACCCGCGAAGCCCAGCAGCUCCACUCCGUCGUCACCAAAGCCGGCUUCAUCUCCAGCGAGUUCAUCUCCAGCGCCCUCAUCACCCUCCAUUCUGGUGUUGGCUCUAUUGCCAGGGCCCGCCAACUGUUUGAUGAAAUCCCCCAUCCAGGGCUGGUGUCCUGGACCGCCAUGGUCCGGGCCUAUUCCAUCAUGAGCUGCCCCAUGGCAGCAUUGAAUCUUUUCCGGCAUAUGAUAUCUGCCGGCAUUAUGCCGGAUCCCGUGGCUCUGGCGACUGCCAUUUCAGCAUGCCGUCAAUUAGGCCAUCCAGGCCCGGCGAAGAUGAUUCAUGCGUUCACUCUGUGUAGUGGGAUUCAGAUUGAUGCAUUCGUCAGCACUGAAUUGCUGAGAAUUUAUGGAGAUCAUGGUGAAUUAGAACUGGCUCGCAAGUUGUUCGAUGAAAUGCCUACAAGAACUCUUGUUGCAUGGAAUGCUAUCGUUCAUCAGUAUGUGAAGCAUGAUUUGAUUGAUGCUGCACGUCGGUUGUUCUUGGAGAUGCCAAAUAGGGAUGUCAUUUCAUGGAACACUUUGAUAUCAGGGUAUUCUCAAGCAGGGCAUUGUCGAGAGGCCCUGGUGUUGUUUCGUGAGAUGGAGUUGUCUUCUGUGAGGCCUAACGAGCUAACGCUAUGCACCAUUCUAGGUGCUUGUGCUAGCCAGGGUGCUUUGGAGACUGGUAUGUGGUUGCAUGCUUACAUCGAGAGAAACAGUAUGAACUUUUAUGGGUGCUUGGAUCAUUGCCUGAUUGACAUGUAUGCUAAGUGUGGAAGCAUUGAGAGGGCAGUUCAAGUGUUUGAGAAGAUCCCGAUGAGAAGGGACUUGUACUCGUGGACUUCAGUGAUAUGUGGGCUGGCAAUGCAUGGGCGAGCUGAUCAUGCCCUUCGGCUCUUCUCUCGGAUGCAAGAAAUGGGGGUCCAACCAGAUGAUGUUAUUAUGGUUGGAGUUUUAAAUGCUUGUGCCCAUAGAGGACUCGUAGAUGAAGGUUGUAAACAUUUCCAUUCAAUGGAGGAAGUAUAUGGUCUCAAACCCAAAAUUGAGCACUAUGGAUGUAUGAUUGAUCUUUUAGGUCGUGUGGGUCAAUUACAAGAAGCACUUGAUAUCAUUGUUGGAAUGCCUAUGGUGCCUAAUGCAGUUGUGUGGGGUACAUUGCUAAGUUGUUGCAGGGUACAUAAUAAUGUGAAGCUAGGUGAAAUUGCAGCCAUGAAAUUGCUCGAGUUGGAUCCACAUGAUCGAUGGGCUCGAGUGAUGCUGUCUAAUAUGUAUGCAGAAGCUCAUGAUUGGGGUGGAGUCAUAAGGCUCAGGAAGGAGAUGAAGGGAGGAGAAAUGAGGAAAGCGCCGGGGUGCAGUUCAAUUGAAGUGAGUGGUGAAGUUCAUGAGUUUCUUGCAGGGGACAGUCUGCACCCUCAGCAUGCAGAGAUUUACACAAUGUUAGAGAAUAUUGAGGCUCAAAUGCAGAUGAGAUGAUGCUUCAUGUUGCUAACGCGAUCAUAAACUUGUCAAUUUCUUGUCUUCCUUGACUAUGAAGUCCAAGAUUGUGCUUGCCAUUGUCCUAAGAUUUAUUUUAUUGUCUUAAAUGUAUAAAGCCAACUUAUUUUUUCCUAUUUGGAAGUAAAAGAGGAUAUAUUGAAUAUAGAAUAUCUGAAUUUUUUCCAAGAA